UCCUCUCUCGAGCCUGCAAAACAGCCACCGCACACCUCCUCGUAAUUUCAGCCUCCCGACCUGUGCAAAACCCCUCGGCUCCCUAUCGACAAGCUUCCUCCGCCAAGAAACCAGGCGUCGAAGGCGUCCCUAGCAGCAUAGCCCCCCGACCUCCGAGUGACGCAGCUCCGCCUCCACUGACACCACCGACUUCAUUUGCUGCCGUCACGUCAACACCACACAAUCGCCCUGUCCUGAGCUGGAGAUAUCAUAACAUAUUAAACACCCUCCGCAUCCGGCUGUGAUCGACGCUCUCCAUCAAGUCGCCAGGCUCGACGCCGCGACACCAUCCCCUCACCUGCCUCCCUCCCACCCAAACCCCCUCAGCCUUAUCGGGAAUGUCCUUCUUCCCUGGCCAAGGCUACCACAACCAGCAUCAAGGCAACCCGCCUCCUGGUCCCCCAUACGGCGGUUAUCCUCCCCAACAGCACCCCCCUCCCGGCGCGCCUUAUCAAACCCCGUCUCCACAGCCUCCAUUCAACGGCGGGUACGGAGCGCCGCCGCCACAAUACGGCAAUAACUAUCAAGGCGGUCCCCCACCGCCGCAAUACGGGUACGGCGCUCCACCGCCGGGCAACUUUGCGCCCCAGCAGUAUGGCGGAGGCCCGGCACCUCCUCAUCUAGCUGGCGGCGGCCCACCACCUCAAGCCCAAGGUCGACCCCCGCCCCCUCCUACACAUACGCAAAACUUUGGCGCUGGCGCCCCUAAUGGCUACACCUUUCAAUAUUCCAAUUGCACAGGGCGCAGGAAAGCCCUUUUGAUUGGCAUCAACUACUUUGGCCAGCGAGGCCAGCUUCGAGGGUGCAUCAAUGAUGUCAAAAACAUGUCGGCGUAUCUCAAUGGAAACUUCGGGUACAAGAGAGAGGAUAUGGUCAUUUUGACCGACGACCAGCAGAACCCCAUGAGUCAGCCCACGAAGCAAAACAUCCUGCGAGCCAUGCAUUGGCUGGUUAAGGAUGCGCAUCCGAACGACUCGCUGUUCUUCCACUACUCUGGACACGGUGGCCAGACUCCCGACUUGGACGGCGACGAAGACGAUGGUUAUGACGAGGUAAUCUACCCGGUCGACUUUAGACAAGCCGGCCACAUUGUAGACGACGAGAUGCAUCGUAUCAUGGUACAAACGCUGCAGCCAGGCGUCCGAUUGACCGCCAUCUUCGACUCCUGCCAUUCCGGCUCCGCACUCGACCUGCCGUACAUCUACUCGACCCAAGGCGUGCUCAAAGAGCCCAACUUGGCCAAGGAAGCAGGUCAAGGCCUGCUGGGCAUCGUGUCAUCUUAUGCGCGUGGCGACCUGAGCGGCAUGGCCUCGACCGCCAUGGGCUUGUUCAAGAAGGCCACGUCCGGGGACGACGUCUACAAACGCAACCUCCGCACCAAGACCAGCCCUGCCGAUGUCAUCAUGUGGAGUGGCAGCAAGGACUCGCAGACCUCAUCCGACGCGCAAAUCGCCGGGCAAGCGACGGGCGCCAUGUCGUGGGCCUUCAUUUCCGCGCUUAAGAAGAACCCGCAGCAGAGCUACGUGCAGCUGCUCAACAGCAUCCGCGACGAGCUGGAGGGCAGGUACACGCAGAAGCCGCAGCUCAGUUGCAGUCAUCCGCUUGGUACGUGAUGCCUCGUCCCCUCCAUGCUUCGCUUGCGUCGUUUCUUUUUCCUUCCUCUUUUCAUGCUUUUGUCAUUGGCGUUGCUGCAUUUUGUUGUUCUUAGCGUUCGCAUACGCAUCCGCAUUGUUUGGAUAUUGGGAGCAUUUCACGCUGACGACCGGUUCUUUGCGCUGUACAUUAGAUACCAAUUUGCUUUAUGUGAUGUGAGGCUUGCACACAUCUGUUUUGUGACAAGAGAGGGACAUGGGAGGAGCUUGUCUUGAUUCGGAUGGAUAAGCAACGGGAUGAGAAAGGGACGGACGGACGGACUGGACUGGCGGAGUGUACAUUAGAUGGUUCUCGGACCCGAAAGUGCAUACUGGGACGGUGGGGUGGAGUUGACGGGACGUAUACAACUGGAGUCUACCGCCAUU